UGUACGCCGGAGCCGCUCUCAGCCGUCAGGGUGGAGAGACGCUCAAGCAACACUUGGACAUAAACCACGCAGUUCCGACAGCAGCAGCAGCAGCGGAUCCACGCGGACCUCAGUCGCAAGCAGCACAGCGCGGGGAAAGUUGAUAGCAAUGCAGUCCGUGUACCAGCACCUGAUCAGCCUGCUGUUUGUCUUCAGCAGCCUGCAGCUUCAGCAGCUGACUGAGGGCUGCUCCUGCGCCCUGACGCACCCGCAAGACGCGUACUGCAACUCCGACAUAGUCAUUCGCGCUAAAGUGGUGGGCAAGAAGCUCCUGAGAGAUGGACCAUUUGGCACGAUGCGCUACACUGUCAAGCAAAUGAAGAUGUACAAGGGCUUUGAAAAAGUGCAGCAUGUGCAGCAUAUUUACACUGAUGCAUCAGAAAGCUUGUGCGGCGUCAAGUUCGAUAUCAACAAGUACCAGUACCUGAUUACAGGGCGAGUGUAUGACGGCAAGGUGUACACGGGACUGUGCAACUUCAAUGAGAGGUGGGAGCGCCUGUCAUUGGCUCAGAAGAAAGGCAUCAACCAUCGUUACCAGCUGGGCUGCAACUGCAGGAUUAAGCCCUGUCACUACCUGCCCUGCUUUGUGACCUCAAAGACAGAGUGCCUCUGGACGGACAUGCUGUCCCACUUCGGCUAUCCUGGCUACCAGUCCCGACACUACGCCUGCAUCCAGCAGAAGGAGGGCUACUGCAGCUGGUAUCGGGGCCUGAAUGCCCGUGAUAAAACAGUCAUCAACACAACUGACCCCUGAACCCGAACAAGCUGAGCAACCAUUGCUUCCCUUUUGACUCCAUCUAGCCCCUUUUAGCCUCUAUAGUAUUACAGGACUCAGUCCCACAUUUAAGGGCAAAAAACAAAUCCAACAAAUCCAUUGCUGUGCCUGUUUGGUAGCACUUCUGAUUGAAUUGUUUUAUUGUUGUACAGACCGCCCAGUUGAAGUGUUAUUCCCAGAUUAUAAAUCAAAUAUUGCUGUGGGGUUUGGUGGUGUUGAAAAGGCAACAUAGUCUUUCUUUAAAGGCUGAUAAGAAUGUAUGACAUAGAUCUCCACCUCUGAUGGGAUCUUCAGAAUAAAUAUAAGCUCAGAAAGCAUCAUUCAAUGAAUCAAUGAGAAACCAGCAUUCAGCCUUCCAUUAUGGUCAAUUAGUGCACAAAGACAGCAACUUUCCAGUACAUUAGCCACAGUCUACAGAUUAUGUGCCAACGCGAGGUAUGAUCUCUAAACAAAUUAUGCAUCUCAUUUUGGCUUAAAAUCAUUUAAAGAAAUGUCUGUUACAGUGCCGACGCACGGAAAAGCUCAUGUUGUCCUGAGAUGGUUAUAUUUUGUUAUGUAUUGUACAUAAGCUACAGAAAUCAACUCAACUGAAACCUCUGUGAUACAUUUAUUUAUCUGUUUAUUGGAUCAGACGCUAGAUUUGCUGUGGAUGUCUACAUAAAUAUAUAUAUAUAUACGGCAUAUAUAUAUAUAUAUAUAUAUAUAUAUAUAUAUAUAUAUAUAUAUAUAUAUAUAUAUAUAUAUAUAUAUAUAUACGGUAUAUAUAUACGGUAUAUAUAUACGGGGUGUGUAUAUAUAUAUAUAUAUAUAUAUAUAUAUAUACAUAAACAUAAAAAUAUAUAUAACAUAAAAAUACACCAACUGUCCUGAAUGAAGGACCAGCAUCUGCAAGUUGAAUAUUGUGGUUCUUCUUUUUGUGAUUAUAAUUUCCUUGUCUGGUACUCUUCACAAACCAAUCAAUUAUAUGCAGAGGUUUCAAAUAGUGAGAUAUUUUUUAUCUUUUUGUAUUUAACUAUAUCAAAUGGACACAUACAGUAUAUGAAAGUAACAAUAUUAUCACUAAAUUCAUUCUUCCUCAGCUGCUUUUUCUUAUUUUCUCUUCCCAGAGCAGUAUCUUCGGUUCAUUCCAUUAAAUUGAUAAGGCGCAGAUUUGCCUCCAAAAGGGAGGAACAGCCCUAUCACCACAAAAUGCACAUCGCACAAAAUGCUUUCACCACAAAGAUUCGUUUGUGUCAAACUUUCAAUCGUUGCAUGAGAAGAUGUACUGAUGCCGGUAUCUCAGUUUUAUUGCAGACUAAAUUCUGACACAUGAUAAGAGACUAAACAUGAGCGACCUUCAACACGAACAAAUCCACUUAAAGCUGUCCUCUCUUCUGUCUUAAAUUGUGGUGAUAAGGCUCUUUCUCCAUCUGAAGUGUUUGUGUGUCCCAGAUUUCUGUAAAUAUACUGUUUCAAGUUUGAUCUUUAUGAAAAAAAAAUCCAAUCAAGGAAACUGUGUACAGUCUGUGUGCAAACGCUGUUUCCUGAAGUGUGGCAAUUUUAUAUUUUUAUAUUAAAUAUUUAAUAAAUGUG